UGCAUUAGUAUCACAGGUACGACAUUGAGAGAUAUCUAAUGCGGAGAUCUUCGCCCCCUCGAAUUAUAUAAAGGACAAGAAAGCCAACCUUAUUGCUCUACAACAUACAACCAAAUCACUAGAAGACGAAUCUCAUCAAGCCAUUCAACCACCUCAUCAUAAACAAGUUACAAUCCAAAUCUCUCAUAACCGCAAUCAUGAGUCCUAUUUCUCGAGUCGUCACCUUCACUCCUAAGCCGGAGAAGAUCGAGGAAUCUCUCGCCGAAGGUGCUAAGUUCGCCAAAGUUGUUGAAGAUGCCGAGCCAGGCUGCCUUAUGUACAAAGUAUCGAAGACCGAGCCUUUGUCAGGUGAUGGCCCAGAGCAAAUCGUUAUGACUAUGAUAUUCAAAGAUGAGGCAGCUUUCAAAGCUCAUGAGGAGAGUGCCCAUGUCAAAUCAUACAAGGCUGAUAGCAAGGCAGCUGAGUUUUUGAUGGCACCACCUGAUGUCAGAGUUGUCACUCCUGCUGGAGGUUUCAGCAGAACUUAAUUUGAGGGGUUUAAAUGAGGGGUUUCAACUCUUUAUCUGUAUUGCAUUGUUUAGAUAUCCAAUGAAGCGAAUGUUGACAGCAUCCAUUUUAUAUUUCAGUGAAUGGUUAUUCUCCAAGUGAUUUUCUAGGUGAACCACCGACUCACUAGUUGGUUGUCAAUUCAAUUGUGACAUGAAGCUCA